CUAAGCCACUACUCUGGAAGCUACAGGUUUCAGGCAAGAAGUAGACACCAGCCAAGGGUUUUGAUACCUGACUCCUGUUGUUUCCCCAACCACCCUUUGCUUGUAAAUGGCUUCGGCUUCUCCAUCACCUGAUCCCAGUUUGGAUUCUGAAUGGCAGGAGUGGAAGAGGAAACACGGGAAAACUUACAGCCAGAAUGAAGAAAAUCUGAGGAGAGCAGUGUGGGAGAAGAAUUUAAAAGUGAUUGAGAAGCACAACUGGGAAUACCUAGCCGGGAAGCAUGACUUCACCAUGGCAAUGAACGCCUUUGGCGACUUGAACCAUACAGAAUUCAGGAAAAGGAUGACUGGCUUUCGAAGGCAGAGGAUAAAGAGGGGGCACAUAUUCCAGGAUCAUCUGUUUCUUUCUGUCCCCAAACAUGUGAACUGGAGAGAGCAAGGCUACGUGACUCCUGUGAAAAAUCAGGGUCAUUGUGCCUCUAGUUGGGCUUUUAGUGCAACCGGAGCCCUAGAAGGACAGAUGUUCAGGAAAACACGGAAACUGACCCCUCUGAGUGAGCAGAACCUACUGGACUGCAUGGGAUUUAACGUUACCGGCGGCUGCAGCGGUGGGUUCACGCAGUAUGCCUUCCAGUACGUGAUGGAUAGCGGCGGCCUGGCAGCUGAAGAGUCCUACCCUUACACAGGACGAGGUACAAAGUGCAGGUAUCAAGCUGAGAAUUCUGCUGCUAAUGUCAAGGACUUUGUGCAAAUCCCAAGACAUGAGGAAGCCCUUAUGAAGGCGGUGGCUAAGGUGGGGCCCAUCUCUGUUGCUGUUGAUGCCAGCCAUAUUUCUUUCCAGUUCUAUGAGAGUGGCAUCUAUUAUGAGCCACAGUGUAGGAGGGUUCACCUAAAUCACGCUGUUCUGGUGGUCGGCUAUGGUUUUGAAGGAGAACAAUCGGAUGGCAAUAGUUACUGGCUGGUCAAAAACAGCUGGGGUGAAGAAUGGGGCAUGAAAGGCUACAUGAAGAUAGCCAAAGACUGGAACAACCACUGUGGAAUUGCUACUCAUGCCACAUACCCCAUUGUGUGAGGUGCUGGGUGGCAAGAAGGAGGGCGUGGACUGGGGACA